AUGCAUCCCUCCUUAUUCUCGUUCGUCUUGGCCCUCUGCCUUUGCACACGCUGGGUGGUCGCUGCUGUGUCCUCGAGUGAAAUUGCCAACUCUCUCAAUGAACUAGCACAGCAAGGAUUCGCUGCGAAGGCACUCGUAUUGGAAAUCAAUUCCACUGCGGACGCUGGUCCGAUUGCGGAUAUCUACUCUAAGAUGGACGCGAUGGUCGCUGUGGUUCUAACAGAUGUACAAUUUAUGACGAAUACGCCGAUCAUUGCCGAAUCAGAUGAGCAGGAGGUCUAUGAGGGAUACUCAAAUUUCGUACAAUCUAUCUUCGAACUCAUGGACGCCUUUUCGAGCAGCGCAGCCAAGCUGAAAUCCAUCGACCAAACGACCAAGAGUAGAGUUCCCUCAGAAGUUCGCAUCUUGCAAAGCGCCGUUGAUGCCUAUUUCUACAACAUCAUUGGUCUUUUCCCAGCUGACAGCUCGUACAACGCCCAGGCCAAUAACCAGAAAGCCCAGGUGGAUACGCAUUGCUUCCAGGCUGUAUGGGCAUUUGAUCGCGGUUAUAGCCAUGGUCUUCAGGCUAUUUAUCAAGGGCGCAGCCGCAGCCCCCUUCACUCUCGACGGAUGAAGCGAGGUUCCGUCUGA